AUGCCUCGCCUCAAGGCAAUCACGACUGGAUCCAUACCGUCCUUUUUGGAUGUCAUCCUCAAUUUUGCAGAGUCGGACACUAGCUCCAGCCUAACAAAUCAGGACACCUGGCUAUCGCAAUUGAGGAGCAAGCCUGGCGGAAACUUGGUCAUGUAUGGGGACGACACAUGGCUGAAGCUGUUUCCGGAGACUUUCGGGCGCAGAGAUGGCACGUCGAGUUUCUUUGUUUCGGUUCGUUUUGACUCCCAUAGAAAGCACCUGCAAGGCCUAACCAAUCGUUCUGCAAAGGACUUCUCUGAGGUUGAUAACAACGUCACCCGGCAUGUUUCUUGGGAGCUCGAACAACAGGAUUGGAAUGGUUUCAUAAUGCACUACUUAGGUCUUGAUCACAUAGGGCAUAAAUCUGGUCCUCGAAGCCCAAACAUGAAGCCCAAGCAAUCAGAAAUGGAUUCAGUCGUACGAGAGAUAUACGAAGCCAUAGAAAUAAAACCUCAUCUUCGAUCAACACUUCUUGUGCUAUGCGGCGAUCAUGGCAUGAAUGAAGGAGGUAAUCACGGGGGGUCUGGUGAAGGCGAGACUUCUCCAGCUUUAGUUUUCAUGUCGCCUAAGCUCAAAGCUAUUUCCAAGGGGUAUCAAAGUCCAGUUGCUUCGUCCAACAACGGAUUUCAGUACUACACAAAGAUCGAGCAGUCAGACAUCGCCCCUACAUUGGCGGGUCUGCUUGGCUUUCCAGUGCCAUUGAACAACCUAGGCGUCUUCGUACCUGAACUCCUCUCACUUUGGCGAGAAGGUUAA